CUCUCACUUACUCACUCACUCUCUCUCUCUCCGUUUUUGCGCUCCUCCAGCAAGAAGUGCUUCCUCGCCGGGGCAUGGCAGGUGCGGCUGCCGGCUCUGAGUGCGCGCUGAGCGGCGUGUUGGUCUCCGGCUGACCGGCGGAUGUUGAUGCAGCUGGAGGUCAGCUUGUGGAAGUCCGCUCCUUGUGUUUUGUCUUUUUGCCUUCGGAACCGCGUCCUGCAAGCGGAUUAACGCCGGACACGCUUCCUGAGCAGGAUUUAAAAGAAGAUUCUCUUUUUUGGGGGGUAGCUUUUGGGAGAUAUAGGGGAUUGCUUUGGACGUGCCUCGUGCAUCCGCAGUGCGGCUGCAUGCGAAGUGACAUCUGCAGGUGCAUAAUGCCCCCCAGCUCUAAAGAGGCUUGAUCUUGUUGGACUGUACUUCCUUCCCGCUCUUCGCCGCAGCCAUGACGUCCCACGCCAGGACACGGACCUGCUUUUUUCUAUGCUGCUUCCUGUCCACCGCGGCGCCAAAGACAAUGCUGCGAGCGCCGCAGGCGUACGGAUCGGGCUCCCAAGUCAUCACGGCGUCCAUUGAGGAGGAAGAGUAUGCGUCGUUCCGCGCCGAGAACCCCGAGUGGACAUUUAACCAUCUGGCGGUGGACUAUCGCAACGGCAAUGUUUACCUCGGAGCCGUCAAUCGCAUCUACAAACUGUCGCCAGGCUUGGAGGUGCAGGUGUCGCACCAAACCGGCCCGGAUGAGGACAACCGCAAGUGCUACCCGCCCCGCAUCGUCCAGCCUUGCAGUGAGCCCCUCACGCUCACCAACAACGUCAACAAGAUGCUGCUGAUGGACUACCGGGAAAACCGGCUGCUAGCUUGCGGCAGCCUCUACCAGGGCAUCUGCAAACUCCUGCGCCUGGACGACCUCUUCAAGCUCGGGGAGCCCUUCCACAAGAAGGAACACUACCUCUCUGGCGUCAAUGAGAGCGGCUCUGUGUUUGGCGUCAUCGUCUCUUACGGCAACGCCUCCCCGGACAUGCUUUUUGUAGCCACGGCGGUGGACGGCAAGCCGGAGUACUUCCCAACCAUCUCCAGUCGCAAGUUGGCCAGGAAUUCUGAGGAGGAUGGGAUGUUCGCCUACGUCUUCCAUGAUGAGUUUGUGGCCUCCAUGAUUAAGAUCCCCUCGGACACCUUCACCGUGAUACCAGACUUUGACAUCUAUUACAUUUAUGGCUUUGCCAGUGGCAACUUUGUCUACUUCUUGACGUUGCAGCCUGAAAUGGGGGGCGGCCCCACCACGGGGUCCUCCUCAGCAGGGAGAGAGCAGGUCUACACCUCCAAGAUAGUCCGCCUCUGUAAAGCAGACACCGCCUUUAACUCCUACGUGGAGGUGCCCAUCGGAUGCGUCAGCGGCAACGUGGAGUACCGACUGCUGGAGGCGGCCUACCUGUCCAAAGCCGGCGCCAACUUGGCACGCUCGCUGGACGUGGCGCCGGACGACGACGUGCUGUUCGCCGUGUUCUCCAAAGGACAGAAGAGGCGGCCGCGGCAGGAAUCCCAGGACUCGGCGUUGUGCGUGUUUUCCCUGCGGAAGAUCAACGAGAAGAUCAAGGACAGGCUGCAGUCCUGCUACAAGGGCGAGGGCACCUUGGACCUGGCUUGGCUCAAGGUCAAAGAUAUCCCCUGCAGCAGUGCGCUCCUGACCAUCGACGACGACUUCUGCGGCCUGGACAUGAACGCGCCGCUGGGCGUCUCGGAGAUGGUGCGCGGCAGGCCCCUCUUCUCGGACGCCAACGACAAAAUGACCUCGGUGGUGGCCUACGUCUACAAGAACCACUCGCUGGUCUUCGUGGGCACCAAGAGCGGACGCGUGAAGAAGAUACGAGUGGACGGCUCCUCACGGGCCCUGCAGUACGAGACGGUGCAAGCGGUGGAAAGCGGACCCAUCCUGCGCGACAUGGCCUUCUCUUCCGACCACCUCUACCUCUACGUCAUGUCUGAGACCCAGCUUUCAAGGAUGCCCGUGGAAGCCUGUGGUCAGUACUCCACCUGCGGCGAAUGCCUGGGCUCAGGAGACCCUCACUGCGGCUGGUGUGUCCUGCACAACACGUGCACCCGAAAGGAGAAAUGCGAGCGUUCGUCGGAGCCUCGCCGCUUCGCAUCUGACAUCAAGCAGUGUGUGCGUCUCAGCGUGCACCCCAACAACAUCUCCGUGUCCCAGUUCAGUGUGACGCUGGUCCUGGAAGCCCACAACGUCCCAGAACUGUCCGCCGGGGUCAACUGCACCUUCGAGGACCUGGCGGAGAUGAGCGGCCUGGUAGAGGGGAACCGCAUCAGGUGCUCCUCUCCCGCCGAGAAGGAGAUGCCUCGCGUUAUCGUCGACAAAGGCGACCACCAGAUCGUCCAGCUCUAUCUCAAGUCCAAGGAGACAGGCUUGACGUUUGCAAACACCAGUUUCGUCUUCUACAACUGCAGCGUCCACAAGUCGUGCUUGUCCUGUGUGAGCAGCCCAUACCAGUGCCACUGGUGCAAAUACAGACACGACUGCACCCACGACCCCAGGACGUGUUCCUUCCAGGAGGGGCGAGUCAAGAAAGCAGAGGAGUGUCCCCAGCUGCUGCCGGCAGACCGCAUCCUGGUCCCAGUCAACGUGGUGAAGCCCAUCACCCUGCGGGCCAAGAACCUUCCUCAGCCUCAGUCGGGCCAGCGCGGCUACGAGUGCCUGCUGACCAUCCAGGGCAACGAGCAUCGCGUCCCCGCCCUUCGCUUCAACAGCUCCUCGGUGCAGUGUCAGAACACAUCGUACUUCUAUGACGGGAUGGAGAUGAGCAGCCUUCCCGUGGAGCUGACCGUCAUCUGGAACGGAGACUUCAGUAUCGACAACCCCGCCCACAACAAAGUCCACCUGUACAAGUGCGACGCCCAGCGCGGGAGCUGCGGCUUGUGCCUGAAGGCCGACCCGCUGUUUGGCUGCGUGUGGUGCAAAGGAGAGAACCGCUGCACCCUUAAGCAACACUGCCCCCACCCCGAGAAGCAGUGGCUGGAGCACAACGGCAUCAACAGCAAGUGCACGCACCCGCGAAUCACACAGAUUACCCCCCUGCGAGGUCCCAGGGAAGGCGGAACGCUCGUGACCAUCCGCGGUGAGAACCUCGGGUUGGAAUUCCGUGAGAUCCAGGGUAACGUGAAGGUGGCGGAAGUGGAGUGCACGCCCAUCCGAGACGGCUACAUCCCAGCCGAACAGAUCGUGUGCGAGAUGGGCCGAGCCGAGAAGAGUCAGUACACGGGAAACGUGCAGGUGUGCGUCGGCGUGGGCGAGUGCAGACCGGAAUUCACGGCCAAAUCCUCCAAGUAUUACUACUUUGUGAUUCCAAGGAUCCACAGCAUCAAGCCCAGUAGAGGACCCGCCUCCGGGGGCACGGUGGUCAGCAUCACAGGCAGCCAUCUGGACGCCGGCAGCAACGUGUCCAUCAUGUUUAAGGACCAGCCGUGCACCUUUCUCAAACGCGACGGCCUGUGGCUGACGUGCCGCACCCACGCGUCCCUGCACGGCUACGGCAACGUGUCCGUGUCGGUGAGCAUCGACAAGGCCCAGCUCCAGAAAGACCUUCGCUUCGAGUACGUGGAGGACCCCACCAUCACCAAGAUAGAGCCCGAGUGGAGCAUCUACAGUGGACACACUCCGGUGACGGUGACGGGGACAAACCUGGACAUCAUCCAGACGCCUCUCAUCAGAGCCAAAUACAACAAGCAUGAGACGCUCAAUUUGUGCCAGGUUGUGAGCCCGACGUCCAUGCAGUGCCAGGCCCCGGAGCUCCCCAUCAGCCUGGCCCACCAGCAGGAGGUGCCCGAGAGGCCCGACGAGUUCGGCUUCAAGCUGGACGACGUGCAGGCCGUUAUGGCGCUCAACAACACCAACUUCAUCUACUACCCCAACCCUGAGUUUGAGCUUCUGAGCGCCUCCGGGGUGCUGGAGCUUAAACCCGGAUCACCCAUCAUACUGAAGGGACGGAACUUCCUCCCGCCGACCAACAGUGGCAACGGCAAGAUGAACUACACGGUUCUUAUCGGAGAGAAGCCCUGCAUGUUGACCGUGUCUGAGACCCAGCUGCUGUGCGAGUCACCCAACCUGACAGGUCGCCACAAGGUUCUGGCUCGCGUGGGCGGAAUCGAGUUCUCCCCCGGCGUGGUCCACAUCACGUCGGACAGCCCGCUCAGCAGCACGGCCAUCAUCGGCAUCGCGGCGGCCGGCGCCCUGCUCCUCCUCGCCAUCGUCAUGGUGCUCAUCGCCUACAAGCGCAAGUCCCGCGAGAGCGACCUGACGCUGAAGAGGCUCCAGAUGCAGAUGGACAACCUGGAGUCGCGGGUGGCCCUGGAGUGCAAGGAAGCUUUUGCAGAGCUACAAACAGACAUCCAUGAGCUGACCAGUGACUUGGAUGGUGCAGGAAUCCCCUUCUUGGACUACAGGACCUACACCAUGAGGGUUCUCUUCCCCGGCAUUGAGGAGCAUCCUGUUCUCAGAGACUUGGAGGUGCCAGGCUACCGUCAGGAUCAGGUGGAGAAAGGCCUGAAGCUCUUCGGUCAGCUGAUCAACAACAAGGUCUACCUGCUGUGCUUCAUCCGCACGCUGGAAGCCCAGAGGGGCUUCUCCAUGCGCGACCGCGGCAACGUGGCCUCGCUAAUCAUGACCGUGCUGCAGAGCAAGCUGGAGUACGCCACCGACGUCCUCAAGCACCUGCUGUCUGACCUCAUCGACCGCAACCUGGAGAGCAAGAACCAUCCCAAGCUGCUGCUGCGCAGGACCGAGUCUGUGGCGGAGAAAAUGCUGACCAACUGGUUCACCUUUCUGCUCUACAAGUUUCUCAAGGAGUGCGCCGGAGAGCCGCUCUUCUCGCUCUUCUGCGCCAUCAAGCAGCAGAUGGAGAAAGGCCCCAUUGACUCCAUCACGGGGGAGGCGCGCUACUCGCUCAGCGAGGACAAGCUCAUCAGACAGCAGAUCGACUACAAGACGCUGGUGGUGAACUGCAUCCACCCCGAGAACGAGAAGAGUCCAGAGAUCCAGGUGAAGGUGCUCAACUGCGACACCAUCAGCCAGGUGAAGGAGAAGAUCCUGGACGCCAUCUACAAGAACGUGCCGCACUCGCACCGCCUCAAAGCCUCCGACAUGGACCUGGAGUGGCGUCAAGGGCGAGCUCAGCGCGUGAUCUUGCAAGAUGAGGACGUCACCACCAAGAUCGAAGGCGACUGGAAGAGGUUAAACAUGCUGGCCCACUAUCAGGUGCCCGACAACGCAGUGAUGGCCCUGGUCCCCAAGCAAGUCACGGCCUACAACUCCGUCAACAACUCCACCGUGUCCCGAACCUCCGCCAGCAAAUACGAGAACAUGAUCAAGUACACGGGAAGCCCAGACAGCCUGCGCUCGCGGACGCCCAUGAUCACGCCCGACUUGGAGAGCGGCGUCAAGUUGUGGCACCUGGUCAAGAACCACGAGCACGGCGACCAGAAGGAGGGCGACCGCGGCAGCAAGAUGGUGUCCGAGAUCUACCUGACCAGACUUCUGGCUACCAAGGGCACGCUGCAGAAGUUUGUGGACGACCUGUUCGAGACCAUCUUCAGCACGGCGCACAGGGGCAGCGCCCUGCCGCUCGCCAUCAAGUACAUGUUCGACUUCCUGGACGAGCAGGCCGACAAACACAGCAUCCACGACCCGCACGUGCGGCACACGUGGAAGAGCAACUGCCUACCUCUGCGUUUCUGGGUGAACGUGAUCAAGAACCCUCAGUUCGUCUUCGACAUCCACAAGAGCAGCAUCACCGACGCCUGCCUGUCCGUGGUGGCCCAGACCUUCAUGGACUCCUGCUCCACCUCGGAGCACCGCCUUGGGAAGGACUCGCCCUCCAACAAGCUGCUGUACGCCAAGGACAUCCCCAGCUACAAGAGCUGGGUGGAGAGGUACUACUCUGACAUCAGCAAGAUGCCGGCCAUCAGCGACCAGGACAUGAACGCCUACUUGGCCGAGCAGUCGCGUAUGCACAUGAACGAGUUCAACAGCAUGAGCUCCCUGAGCGAGAUCUACUCCUACGUGGGCAAAUACACAGAGGAGAUUGUUUGUGCACUGGAGCAGGACGACGCCGCCAGGAAACAACGGCUGGCCUUCAAGCUGGAGCAGGUGGUGGCCUUCAUGACGCUGGAGAGCUGAGGACCGCACUUCCCAGGGUGCACUGGGAAGACGACCAGGAAGACGAAGACCCCGCCUCCCCAUCCCUGCUCCGUACACUUGUCCGAAAAACCGAGCCGUGCCUGAGCGAAAACCUGUUCCUGGUUUUUUUUCUGCUUCCUUAAUUGUUUUCCCCGCUGCUGCCCCCUACUGGAGACAUUUUUACGUUGCCUUGGAGGAUUUACACUGGCGGCAUGCAAGCCAAACGAGGAGGUUACACUGAGCAGACAUCCGGGCCUAACAAUGUUCCUGCCACCUUCCGCUCGUAGCCGGACUUGCAUUGAAGACCAAGGGUGCGUUCACGCUCGUCGGUUAAAAGGAACCCCGGUGCGUUUGCUCUGCUUGUACUAGCACGAUAGUACUUCCUGGUAACCCAGGUGUGUCCAGGCGUUAUGUGCAGCCUGCAGCUCAUUUUUUUAUUGGAACCCAAAAUGAGAAUAAUUCCAAACGGCUUGCUUUGUUUUUAACUGCAUUUCCUUACAUUGCACUGGUUAGGUGUUCGGGCAGGGGUGUCCAAAGUGCGGCCCAGGGGCAUUUUUGCCCUGCGGCUGUUUUUUUAUUGGCCCGCGGCAUAUUCUAAAAAUAUAAUUUAACAAGAAAAUCAGCUGUAAUUUUCUAAAAUAAGAUAUUGAGAGAAAAAAGUUGUAAUCUAACGGCAAAGAGAGGUAAUUUUACAAAAAUGAGGAAGGAAAAUAACAUCAUUUUAGUAGCAUAGCAAGGUGGAAGUGCUAAAGAAAAAAGUCGUAAUAUGAAAAACAAAACCAGAUAAAGAAAAUUCAGUUGGGGAAAAAAUUAUAAUGAUACAAGUAAAAAGUCAAAAUAUUAUGGAAAUAAAGUUCUAAUAUUAUUAGAAGAAAAUUUACAAGAAGAGAGUUGACCUAGCUGGGGAAGAAAAUGUCAUUUUAAAAAUAUUAAGAGAAAAAAGUCAUAUUCUAAUGAGUAUAAACUUUUAAUAUAAUAACAUAUGUAUUAUGUGUUAUGUAUAUGUAUUCUAUAUUACAAUAUAAUAACAACAGCAAUACAUAGUAAUAAUAAUAUAAUAAACUUAACAAUAUUAUGAGGAAAAAUGCCAUUUUUAGUAGCAUAGAGUUGAAAUUAGGGAUUCUCCGAUUUAUGCUGCAGAUUCCGAUAUCGAUCAUCCAGGAGUGAAAUCGGCCGUUACCGAUCACAUGGAUUAAUUAUCAAUUUUUCAAUGUAUUUAUAAUGAGUGCUUAUUGGCCAGGGCUGCCGUCUGACUUACUGGACAACUCCUGAAACUUCUGGAGGAUGAGACGCCUUCUUUAAGGAGACUUUGGCAAACUUCCACCGCUGAGAAAGGCUGCUCUCGUCCGAUGAAUUCAAUUGUUUUUCGGGUUACUAGCUUAGCCAUCUGACUGUCACACACAUACGGGUGAGUGGCUGCGUUAGCGGCAGACGUGAUUGCUUUUAUUUUGAGGCAAAGUGGGAGGACGACGCUGCCAAAUAUGUUAGUUCGGGCAAGACGCUACACUGCACGAAAGGAUGGCUGCGGCUGCAUUAGUGCUAGCCACAGGUGAUCGACUUUUGGGCUCAGCGUUGAAAGGCAUGUAUUGGCAUAUGCCGAUCUCGUGAUUUUUUACGGAAAUCGGCCGAUACGGAUCGGUGGUCGAUCUAUCGGAGCAUCCCUAGUUGAAAUAUUAAAAUAAUAUUAUGGGAAUAAAGUCAUAAUAUUACGAGAAGAAAACCUAUGAAGACUAUUUAAGAAGAACGUUACAAUGUUUGGAAAAUUGAAAAAAAUGUGGGAAAAAGAGCAAAGUUGAUACUAAUAACAUGCUUUUUCAGCUCUAUCCCAAACCUGAGAGGCACUAUUUUCUUGAAGUAUAUAAUAUGCUAUAAUAUAAUAUAAUAUAAUAUGCUAUAAUAUAAAAUAAUAUAAUAUAAUAUAAUAUACCUGUGUACAAAAUAUCAAAGUGGCAAAGUUGCAUCCUUUCAUUUUUCACCAUGUGGCCCUCGCUGGAAAAACGUUGGGACACCUCUGGGUUAGCAUGCCAUGAAAUCAAUGAGUCAUUUUUCCAGUGGAAAAGGUUUGGACGGCCCUGCUUUAACCCAACCGAGCGUGAACGCACCCUUAAAGAGGUAAGGGCUCAGGAGGGACAAACUGCCCAGCGCACCUUUAUGAAUAGCAUUAGCAUCCCUGCUUCCGUUUGGCUUACAUGGCUCACGUAAAGACAAAAACAAAACAACAAAAAAAAAGGUGGACCGCCCCUUUGUAGAAGCACACUGUGGCACAACCUGCACAGACGCGCACAACAACAAGGGAAAAAGAAAAAAAAGCACCGACGUCCCGGGAUGUUCUUACAUGUGUGGACUUUUCAAAGUUGCUCAGCCUAAAAACCAAAGGAGCUUGACAUUUUCACAGAAAAACAACAACAACAAAAAGAAGUGCCACCGAGGAAAAAUCUAAAAACUAUGUCUUCAUUGUGACUGGAAGCUGUGUGAUACUUUCUGACCUCAGUUUGUGGAGAUGCUCCUCCUGGUUCCUGUUUUGCACAAGCAGAUGGAGUGUAGCUGCAGACAAAGACGAGGAGGAGGGACAAGAACACUAAGACUUUUUGGAUGUGAAAGACGACUUUCUACCCCUCUGCCCUUUCUUUUGCCUUGACAACGUGCCCCGUGUGGUGAUAUGUGAAUGUGCGGCGAGCGGCCGACCCUCUCGGCCCACCUUGGCUCCUUUAUUGGCUUUUUUAAGCGCAUGUAAAACCAUUUAACUUAUUUAAGGGAAAAAAAUGAAGAAAAACAAGCCUUGCAAUGAUGAUGAUGAUGUGUUCUUUUUACUUUAUUUUGCUUGAACGACUGGAGAGAGGGGUGGGGUAAGCUUCUAGUGGUUGCUUUAAGGUGGAACCUUUAUUCAUGCUGCAGAAGCCGAAUGACGACAAAUGCUACACAACCCCGUGCACGUUGGAUAAAAAGGCUUUAACUUUCCUUUGCAAGCAUCUGUUGUGGUGUUCUCCACGGAAACGCGCAACAUAUCAGAGACGCGCACAUGACUCCAUCCAUUAGCAGCGUUGUGUCCGAGUCGUGUGACAGCGUCACUUCCUUUGCUUGCACAGAUAAAGUUUCCACCUUAAAAGAAACAUUUUGUAGGAACUUAAACGUCCUCGUAGCACAGUAUUAUUAGCAAACAUGCUAGAGUUAAAAAAAAAAAACCUUUAGUAGACCAUAUUUGAAAGAUAUCUUAUCAAGAGGUUAAAAAAACAGCCCAGGGGGAUAAAAGGUGAGCUUCUCUAACUUUGUUAUAAUUCAUUGUAUACCUGUGUAUGUAAAUAUAAUGCAUUCCUAUUUUGCAGUCCAGAACAAAAUACUAUUUGUAAUAUAGAAUAAACUUUAUUAAGAAACCAAA